AGUCGAUAAAUUGUGGCGGCCAUUCGAUACAUAUAAAUAAUAAAGUGAUGAGAUAUAUCUAGCGAUGUAUCGUCGGCUUUUUAUUUUUUCCACGCAUUAAAAUUACUUUCGCGGUUUAAAAACAAAUCGGCAGCGAAGUUUAUUAACUUUCAUAAGUAAUUGUGCAUUACGUGCGGUUUAAAACAUUGUCGGAUAGCAAUUAAAAGCAGCCGUAAAUCUAACUGCAAAAUAGACGGCUAAAGCAGAUGCGAAAAAAUAGAGACGAGAACGAGAACGCCACACAACACAUACACGACGCGCAGGCUGGCUGUCAGACGUAGCGAGUCGGUCGGUCGGUCGGUUGAAGAGGCCAGUUUUUACAGGCAAAAUCCGAGCAAAAAAAUUACGUUUUUUUUGCACUGAAAAAGUCGGCUCAUAUCAGUGCAGUGUAUGUGUACGCACACAAAGUGGCAAUAAAAUGUGCAAUUGAACCGAAAGCUAAACGCCCAAAUGUAAAUUGGAUAUCCGCAAAACGCUAGACAAUAUGGAAACGCAGGAGUUAAACUAAACCUAAAAUCACAAUAAAAGCAAAUAAACGCUUGCAAAAUUAUAUACAUGCUCCGGUGUUAGUGCUGCUAAUUUCGGCAGAGGAGAGUUCAAUCUCAGGGUGCCAGCAGCAGCGGGCAGCGGCGCGCUGCCAACAGGAAGAGGAAGCAUAAGCAAUUCGCUCAACCACAGGCUACGAACAAAAUAUAUAUAAAAAGAAUUACGGUACAAAAAACUACAACUGUUAUUUGUUGUUUUUCCCUUCGUCCCUGGUUGAGCAACAAUUUAGCAAUAAUCACAACCAGAACAGCAGCACAACAAUGUAUCCCGCACCGGUGCGUCACCCCGCCGCCGGGGGACCACCACCUCAGGGUCCAAUCAAAUUUACCAUUGCCGAUACACUGGAGCGCAUCAAGGAGGAGUUUAAUUUUCUGCAGGCACAAUAUCACAGCAUCAAAUUGGAGUGCGAGAAGCUGGCAAACGAAAAGACCGAAAUGCAGCGCCAUUAUGUUAUGUACUAUGAAAUGUCCUAUGGCCUUAAUGUGGAAAUGCACAAGCAAACGGAAAUCGCCAAGCGUCUAAACACACUGAUCAACCAGCUACUUCCAUUCCUACAGGCCGAUCAUCAGCAACAAGUGCUGCAAGCGGUAGAGCGUGCGAAGCAGGUCACAAUGCAGGAGCUCAAUCUGAUCAUUGGGCAGCAUCAGCAGCAACAUGGAAUACAUCAACUUUUACAACAAAUACACGCACAACAGGUGCCAGGCGGCCCGCCACAACCGAUGGGCGCACUAAAUCCGUUUGGUGCAUUGGGUGCCACGAUGGGCUUGCCACAUGGGCCACAGGGCUUGCUUAAAGCGCCGCCUGACCAUCAAAGGCCGGAUAUAAAGCCCAUGGGCUUAGAGGGACCAGCGGGCGCUGAAGAGCGCUUGCGCAAUUCGGUUUCACCAGCGGAUCGUGAGAAAUAUCGUACGCGCUCGCCACUGGAUAUUGAGAACGACUCGAAACGUCGAAAAGAUGAAAAACUGCAAGACGAUGAAGGCGAGAAAAGCGAUCAAGAUUUAGUCGUAGAUGUUGCAAAUGAAAUGGAAUCCCACUCACCACGCCCAAACGGCGAACAUGUGUCAAUGGAGGUGCGUGAUCGUGAGAGCUUAAAUGGCGAGCGUCUGGACAAACCGGGCGGCAGUGGCAUUAAACAGGAGCGCCCGCCUUCGCGUUCAGGCUCCAGUUCGUCGCGUUCCACACCCAGCCUCAAGACAAAAGAUAUGGAUAAACCGGGCACACCGGGCGCGAAGGCACGUACACCGACACCAAACGCUGCAGCACCAUCUCAGGGCGCAAAUCCUAAACAAAUGAUGCAACAAGGUGGCCCACCGCCGGCUGGCUAUCCAGCGUCACCGUAUCAGCGACCGGCGGAUCCCUAUCAGCGUCCACCAUCGGAUCCCGCCUAUGGACGACCGCCGUUGCCGUACGAUCCGCAUGCGCAUGUACGAACAAACGGCAUUCCACAUCCCUCGGCACUGACGGGUGGAAAGCCUGCAUACUCUUUCCAUAUGAACGGCGAGGGUAGCUUGCAGCCGGUGCCAUUUCCGCCGGACGCGCUGGUAGGCGUUGGCAUACCAAGACAUGCGCGACAAAUAAAUACGUUAUCGCAUGGCGAGGUCGUCUGUGCGGUGACUAUUUCAAAUCCUACAAAAUACGUUUAUACUGGCGGCAAGGGCUGCGUCAAGGUGUGGGACAUCUCACAGCCGGGCAAUAAGAAUCCCGUCAGCCAGCUGGAUUGCCUGCAGCGCGAUAAUUAUAUACGAUCGGUGAAACUGCUGCCGGAUGGACGCACACUCAUUGUAGGUGGCGAGGCAUCGAAUCUGUCGAUAUGGGAUUUGGCCAGUCCAACGCCACGCAUCAAGGCCGAGCUAACCUCAGCGGCGCCUGCCUGUUAUGCGCUCGCCAUCAGUCCCGAUUCGAAGGUGUGCUUCUCGUGCUGCAGCGAUGGCAACAUCGCUGUCUGGGAUCUGCACAAUGAGAUACUGGUACGUCAGUUCCAGGGUCACACGGACGGUGCCUCGUGCAUUGACAUCAGUCCGGAUGGCUCAAGAUUAUGGACUGGCGGCCUGGACAAUACAGUGCGCUCGUGGGACCUACGCGAAGGUCGCCAGCUGCAGCAGCACGAUUUCAGUUCUCAAAUAUUCUCGCUUGGCUACUGUCCCACAGGUGACUGGCUGGCCGUGGGCAUGGAGAAUUCACAUGUGGAAGUAUUGCAUGCAUCGAAACCAGACAAGUAUCAGCUGCAUUUGCACGAGAGCUGCGUUCUGUCGUUGCGGUUUGCCACCUGUGGCAAAUGGUUCGUUUCCACCGGCAAAGACAACCUGCUUAACGCAUGGCGAACACCAUACGGUGCCAGUAUAUUCCAGUCGAAGGAAACAUCAUCCGUACUUAGCUGCGACAUAUCAACUGACGACAAAUAUAUUGUGACGGGUUCGGGCGAUAAAAAGGCUACUGUCUAUGAAGUUAUUUAUUAAAAAAAAAAAAAAAAAA